AUGGUAUCAGUCAAGGCUGAGAACGUUGACAAGAGAUUCAGCUUCCGCCCAGACCGCACCUAUCUGCUCGUUGGGUUGUCUGGACAAAUGGGCAAGUCCAUUUGCACCUGGAUGGUUAGGCACGGAGCCAAGUACGUGGUACUCACGAGUCGACAGCCGUUUGUCGACGAGGGAUGGCUCCGAAAGGUGAAAGCCCUUGGCGGCACUGGAGUCCAGUUUAUCGCCAACGAUGUGACGGAUAAGAGCUCAGUUGCAAAGCUAAUUUCGGUCAUUCGCGAAACCAUGCCCCCGCUCGCUGGCUUUGCUAACGGGGCCAUGGUCCUUCAAGAUACACCGAUCAGGGACAUGACGGCCGAGGUUUUGAAUCGCGUCCUGCGUCCCAAGGUGGACGGCAGCCGGCACCUAGACGAUCUCCUAGCUGAAGAACAGCUUGACUUCGCCAUUUUCUUCAGUUCCAUGGCUAGCGUCCUCGGCAACCAUGGCCAGAGCAACUAUACUGCAGCCAAUCUUUUUAUGAACGGUCUGGCCGCCCGCCGUCGCCGGAGGGGCCAGCCGGCAUCAGUCAUCGCCAUUGGUUCUGUCAUUGGCAUUGGCUACAUGGCUCGUGAACUGACGCAGAAGGAGAUUCUACGCAUCAAAGAGAGAGGUUAUACGCCGCUAUCAGAACGUGAGGUUCACCAGCUUUUCUGCGAGGGCAUCCUAGCAGGUAGGCCUCGGUCUGAUGACAACAGCUGGGCCGCUCCAUCCCCUGAAGUUGUCUGCGGCGUGCGAAUCGCACAACCCGGCGAAGAGCGGCCGAUUCGGUGGAUGGCGAACCCCAUGGUGGGCCAUGCCGUAAUCAAGAGAAUUCACAACAAGAAAGACGAGGAUGGUUCGAGCGCCACUAUGCCUGUCAAGGCCAGCCUCCUUCUUGUAAAGACAAAAGAGGCUGCCUUCGCAGUCAUCAGAGACGCCUUCGUGACUCGCCUCCAAGGAAUGCUACAGUCGGAUAGUGCCCUUGAGCUACAACUUGCUGCAGACGAACUUGGAGUUGACUCCCUGGUCGCGGUAGAUAUUCGCUCAUGGUUCUUGCGAGAGCUGCAGGUUGAUCUUCCGGUACUCAAGAUCCUUGGCGGCGCUUCUGUUGGUGACAUGCUGGAAUUUGCCCUGGACAACAUGUCAAGCGACCUAAUGCCGAACGUGGAUGCCACAUCUACCUUCAACUUGGCGAAUGUCGAGGAGAUGAAAGUAGAAGUUACAGCGCCACCACUGGCGAACGGCCAGCCCGGGAUCGACACCGAGAAGCCCGAGGUGCCGACCGGAGGACCUCCACCAGUCCUUGUGUUCUAUUCUGAGGAUAGCAGCAGUGACGGUGGAAGCCGAGGAGAUUUGACAUCUUCCGCAGAAUCGAACGAAUCCGGUAUCAUUCGUGAGCUUACGCCGCUUUCCACUCCCGGGCUCGAGCUAGGGCCCAUUAUCAACGCCGACUCGAUUCAUCAGCUUGAUAAGACUAGAAACGUCGCUGUUGCCGCGACUGUGGCCCGGACGGAGCCAAUGUCUUUUGGUCAAUCCAGAUUCUGGUUUCUUCAACAAUAUCUCGAAACCAAGACGGCUUUCAACAUUGCCACCACGAUGGCUAUCCAAGGGGACUUGCGUGUGCAAGAUCUGGCCCGAGCUGUCCUGAAAGUUGGACAACAUCACGAAUCCUUGCGAACCAAGUUCACUCUCGAUGAACAGGGCCGUCCUGUGCAGAAGGUCAUGGCCAAGUCAAAACUUGAGCUACAACACCGCAUCAUCUCAGGGCCCAUAGAGGCCCAAGGAGAGUAUCAGAGGAUGGUCACCCAUGUCUACUCCCUCGAAACCGGAGACACAAUGCAGAUCUCGCUCCUUUCCGACCCCACCAAGGGUCAACGUACACAUUACCUGACAAUUGGGUACCAUCACAUCAACAUGGAUGGCAUCAGCCUUGGUGUCCUCCUUUCUGAUCUCCACAAGGCCUACCACGGGGCUCGUCUCACACCGUCGCUCCAAUUUCCCGACUUUUCCACUCAGCAGCGCAGGCUUAUUGCCUCUGGUGAGAUGAAGGCUGAGCUCGCAUUUUGGAAGGCUGAAUUUGAUACUCUGCCCCCAGUUCUUCCCGUUUUGCCUUUCAGUCUCACUAAGACCCGUCGGGCGCUUGUACAUUACGAUGCUCACAAGGUUGACGUCCGUGUCUCCGGCCAGGUCGCUGCACAGAUCAAGGAUGUGGUAAAGACGCAUCGAGUCUCCCCCUUCCAUGUGUACCUUGCCACCUUCCGGGCUCUUCUUUCCCGCCUGGUGGGAGCCGCUGGUGGCGACGAUUUGGUCAUUGGCAUGGCUGAUGCGAAUCGCACAGAGCGUGGGGCACAGGAGGCCAUUGGCAUGUAUCUGAACCUCCUACCACUGCGCUUCCAAUCUCCUAUCUCCACUCAGUCCUUCGCUGCUGCUAUCAAGGAAGCUCAAUCCAAGGUUCGCAAGGCCCUUGCGCAUUCCAGGGUCCCCUUUGAUGUUCUGCUGGAGGAGCUUCAGCCGCCCCGAUCUUCCGAUGCUUCCCCUCUUUUCCAGGUAUUCAUCGACUACCGGCAGCCCCUCGGCGACAGUUCUCGGGCUUUUGGCUGCAAAGUGGUUAGCGAAGAAUAUGUUCGCGGCGAUACAGCAUAUGACGUUGUCAUUGACAUCAUUGAUACCACUGGGGGAGACGCGCAUGUGCAGUUUACUGUUCCCAAGCUCCUCUAUUCAGCAGAAGAUGUCGGGGUUCUUUCCAGAACCUUCAUGGAUCUUCUAGACGAGUUUACUCAACAACCGGCCGUUGGAUUGACGGAAGUACCACUGUACAGCGAGAAGGAAGUCAAAACGUCCAUUGAACUGGGCAGAGGGCCUGCAGUUGAGGCUGAAUGGAGUUCAAUUCCCCUACGUAUACAAGACAUGAUGGCGAUCCACGCGAAUAACGUGGCCGUUCGGGAUGGUCACGGACAGUCUCUCUCGUACGAGCAGCUUGGUUCCAGGGUGAAAGAUGUCGCGCAGGCUCUUUCUGAUGCCGGAGUGACGAGCGGCUCCGUUGUUACGGUCCUGCAACAGCCCAGAGCGGACUGGGUUGUAUCAGUCCUUGCUAUACUGCAGUUGGACGCCGUUUACGUGCCUCUAGACGUCCGUCUACCGUUGCAGCGCCUUGCCUUGAUCAUCAAUGACAGCAAGCCUGUGGCUAUUUUAGUCCAUACCGAGACUAAAGGGGUCAUUGGCUCGCUCGGAGAAGUUGGCAUCGACUUGGCAACCAAGGCAAUCAACAUAGAGGAUUGUGCUUCGCGGCUUGAUCAUCGGCUGCGUGGUUCAACUUCCGCUGACGCAGAUCGUCCGGCGUUCGUUCUCUACACCAGCGGCUCGACUGGUGCACCUAAAGGCGUCGUCUUGAAGCAAUCAAAUCUACUCAAUCAAGUAGAGGCGACGGUCCAGGAAUACGGCAUCAAGCCGGAGUGGACUAUUCUGCAGCAGACGGCCUACACGUUUGACCUGUCCAUGUUCCAGCUUCUCCUGGCCGUAACUAGUGGUGCGUCGCUGUACAUCGUUCCCCGACACCUCCGCGGUGAUCCUCUGGCCCUUACACGAGUCAUCGCGGCUGAGAACAUCACAUUCACUUGCACAACGCCAUCCGAGUAUUCGAGCUGGCUGCACAGCGGUGAUCGGUCCGCUCUUCUCCGAAGCCAAUGGCAGAAAGCUGUCAGCUGUGGUGAGACGCUCACCGCUGCUGUUCAAGCCGCCUUCCGGAACCUAUCGAAACCGGAUCUGAGCGUUAUCAAUGCUUAUGGUCCUUGCGAGGUUACAUUUGUGUCCCAUGGUAUUGAGCUGGACUACAUGAGUGAUUCGGCACAAGAAAGCGCAAUCCCCAUUGGAAAGGCGUUGCCCAACUUCUCAACGUAUGUACUUGACGAGGGCCUCAAACCACUUCCUGUGGGCGUUGUCGGCCAGAUUGCUAUUGGCGGCGCUAGCGUGGCCCAGGGCUAUCUAGGACAACCGAAGUUGACUGAACAGUCAUUUGUCGUCAACACAUUUGCAACAGAACGCGACAUCGCCAAAGGAUGGACGACAAUGUACCUCACGGGCGACCGUGGGGCACUACGCAGCGACGGCUCUCUUCUCUGGGCAUCACGGAUGACAGGGCAAACACAGAUCAAGCUACGCGGGAUGCGAUUCGACCUACAGGAUGUCGAAGCGAACCUGAUCGCUGCGGCCAAGGGUUCCAUUGCUGAUGCUGUCGUUUCUCUUCGUGGAGGCGGAGACGGACUCGCUGAAUCCCAAUUCCUCGUGGCUCAUGUCUCCUUCGCCACGGGCCGCGUGCCACAGGACCCCGAAGCCUUCUGCAGGAAUUUAGUCGCUGAGCUGCCACUCAGCGCUCACAUGAAACCCUCUCUAAUGAUUCCGCUGAGAGAGAUGCCGUUGACCAUCAGCUCCAAGAUUGACAGAUCUGCCAUUCAACAACUCUCUCUCCCUUCUGCCCUGACAGCAACUGAGGAGAGCGUUGUUCUCAAUACAACACUCCACCUGCAUCAUCUCUCUGAGCCUGAGAGACAGAUGUAUCUCCUAUGGCAGAGUCUUCUACCGGCAGAGGUCCUCAGAUCCAAACCAAUUGUCUCUCAAUCCGACUUCUUUGGCGCCGGAGGUGAUUCUCUUCUUCUGGCCCGUCUGCAGACCGCUAUCAAGGACAAGUUCAAUAUCACCAUACCACUCAUCAAGCUUUUUGAUACCUCGACUUUGGGUGGAAUGGCCGCCCAGAUUGACGGCGCUGCGACAGUUGCUGCAAUGACACAGCUAUCAGCGCUCGUCGACUGGGAGGAACAGACGAAGCCGGCUCCAGUACCAGUGAAUGAAGCCGGCGAGUCAGCCCUUGAUCAUGGAUAUCCCCCGCGCAAUAUCGUACUGACCGGUGCGACUGGCUUCCUCGGUCGUUCAAUCUUGAGCCAGCUUCUCACCCACGCAUCCGUCCAACGAGUAGACUGCAUUGCUGUCCGCGAUGCUAGCACUCGGGACAUGCCCCAUAUCUUCCAUGACCCCAGGGUUCAUGUGUACGAUGGUGACCUGAGUCGACCCAAUCUGGGUCUCUCUCCUUACAACGCCUCGGCCAUCUUCGGUCGCGCUGAUGCCGUCAUUCACAAUGCGGCCGACGUUUCGUUCCUCAAAUCGUAUACCUCGCUACGACCCGUCAACGUGGAAAGCAUCAAGACUAUCACAUCACUCGUGCUCCCACGCCGUACCCCACUCCACUUUGUCUCUACUGCCGGCGUAGCCCAUCUCGUCCCAGCACAGAGUAGGGGUCAGUUGGGAGGCGUUGGCGAGGUUUCGGUUGCCGGUUCGACUCCCCCACAAGAUGGAUCCGACGGCUAUGUGGCAACCAAAUGGGCGGGAGAACGGUUCCUCGAGCGUACGCAGUCAUUGCUCUUGGAAGAGGAUAAGAAACCUCUUCCCCUGUGGAUCCACCGACCGAGCAGCGUCAUGGGCGAGGGUGCAUCCGAAACCGAUCUCAUGACUAACGUGCUGAAAUACAGCAUCGCCUUACAGGCGCUGCCGAUUAUCGGUGGUAACAGCAGCAAUCCCCAACAAGGUGCGAGCACUGAAACCUCCGAGUCCUUCCUAGACUUCGUGGACGUCGAGACGGCGGCUGGGUCGGUCGUGCGGUGCGUCGUAGCUGAAGGUGGUGCUGGCUGGGCACCCGAGCAGAUCAGGUACUCAUAUCAUUCCGGAGAGUACAUCAUUCCGCUGCAGGCUUUGAUGGCAACCGAGUCAGAAGGCGACCCAAGCGUUAUUGCGACGCAGGCCCAAGGACUGGUGGAGGGAUUCGGCGUCCUGCCUCUCGCUGAGUGGACUGAGAGGGCCAAGGCUGCAGGCAUGAACGACCUCGUUGUCGCUCUUCUGACGGGUGCUGUUGGAGACGCAGGAAACACACUGCUGGAUGGGCAAAUCAUGUUUCCCAGACUUUUGAAGGGCGCGAUUUGA